AUGCCAAGUGCCAGUGGCAAUGCUGGCGGUUCACCGACAGGAGGAGGAUCACCUUUGAGUCCUUCAAGUACCCAAAUUCCAGUUCCACCAUCCACUUCCCAAAGUCCUGCUGCUGGUGGCAAUCCUCCAGUUACUGACAGCAUGCCAACGACUGCUACAACGGCCAGCAAUCCUACAUCUAAUCCAGCAGCAGUUGAUGGAAGAAAUCAAGGGGAUGCUCCUAGUCAGCCAAAUGAUGGUGCACCCUCUCUUGCACCAGAACUCACAGUUGAACCAACCUUGGAACCAUCAGUGACAACAACAUCAGAACCCACCGCUGCGCCGACCCCAGAUCCCACAACCGAGCCAACAGCAGAACCAACCCCAAGUCCCACAGCCGAGCCUACGACUGAGACAACUCCUGAUCCCACUCUUAGCAUCAACACUUCACCAAAAACACCCAACCCAACAACUGAACCAACAGCACAACCUUCAGCUGACAUGACACCAGACUCUACACCUACUGCAUCAGUUACUUCAAUUCCCACAACUCAACAAGACCCUAGUCCAACACCCAAUUCAUCUCCAGAACCCUCAUUACUACCAUCUUCCGUUGGAUCAAGUACUUCUUCACCUAGUGCGUGCACACCACCAUUUGUAUCAACAGAAUCGGAAUAUGCUGUCACAUUUAAUGGUGAUCUCUCAUCAGUUCCUGACAGCAACUUGACUACAGCCUUCAAGAGUGCUCAUGAGACACUGCCCCAGGACGAAUGUACACCAUGGCUCGAUAAUGUUGUGGUUCAAAGUAGAUCGGUUGGUGCUGGAAGUGGCCGAAGAUUGCAACAAGAAUCUACCACUUUGGUCAUCUUCCUGACAAACUCUACUCAUCCCACUGAUGUUGUGUUUCUUGGAACCACAGUAAGAGAAACAGCAUUUCUCGAAGCCUUCACUAUCUCCCUCGAUACUCCAGGGGUUUCUGCGGCUUCAAUUACAUUUCAAAGUCAGCAACCAUCUGUCACCCCAGGAAACCCAUCUGGUUCUCCCACAACAGUCACCCCAAAACAGGACUCCAGGAAGUCCUUCUGUCUCUCCCACCACCGGCAGUCCAACAAGGCACCCCACUGUUACCCCGGGAAGUCCCCUGUCUUCCCACCACCGGACAUCCAACUAGUGGUACGCCUACAGUGA